AUGCAGGCAGUGCGCCAACACCUGAACAAGCGUGUCGAACGCUUGACACCGAAGCCUGCAGCAUCCGUGUCGGAUUCGACUUUCUGGAAUGACGGUGAGCCGCCUGCUCCACCGUUGUCGUUGUCUAUUGCGUUACGAAACAAAAUGGCCGAUGCUGAAGCUAUUCAUGACAGCAUCGACUUUGCCAACUUUAUUAACUUUGCUGAGUUGCCACAAAUGCCAUUUUUUCGGAACAAUCAAACGAGCUGGAAACGCGUUCAACGCUCGUCGGCCUUCACGUUGUUGAAACGAGAAAACGAAGUGUUGGCUCAAGUUCGUUUGGAUGCAAGCAUCGAAGAAGUUGCAAGCGUCUUGGGUGCAACGACGGAUUUGCUACAUGCUGCGACAAUGGAAGGACUGUACGAUAAUUCAUUCAUUGCUGGCUCAGUCGCGUAUGUUGAACGUCCCGAAUCGUUCGAGACGGAUCAAGCACUUCAACAUGUGGCAGUAAAGACGUCUAACUUUGUUCAUUCAAAGCUAUUGGGCAAGAACGAGCAGUGGUGUUUUGGAGAAACACUGCGCAGCAAACCGGAAGGAGACAGCUUUACCAUCACUCAAAUUUCGCUUGAAGCGCAUCAGUCCCAGUUGCUCCCCGCUCGUCUUGCUCUUGAUGACAAAAAACGUCGUGUGGCACAGCUUCGGGACGUAAGCGCUGCUUACCUUGUGGAGCGCUUGCCUGAGAGUCAAAAGCUCCGUAUCACAUUUCACGCGUUGCAUAAUCCUCGUGAACCACAAAUGUCGGAUGAAGACAAUGCUCCAGUCUUGGCUCGCCGAGCUGUCAAGUCGCGCCUCUUGCGUCUAGCUCGGGGCACAUCGGAGCUUUCUCAAGUCGUUCGUCGUCGUCGCUUUGGUGUACAAGUAUUUGCCGAUCACUCAGCAUUUCAUGUUCGCAAUCCACGAUGCACGUGUUGCACGCACAAGUUUGCACCGUUUCUUAAGAUUAUGCCAAGGACCCGAUGUUAUUUGUGUGGUUACUACGUAUGCAUCUCCUGUGCAUCGUCGGAAAAGAUAGAGACGUAUACUGGCCAAGUUGCGUCGAUCAAUGUCUGCGUUCGAUGCGUCAAGAGCGUUAUCUCUUGCAAUUACGAGCACAUGCUUUCCGUCAGACCAGGACCUGAGCGUGUGUUUGCCGAUGACGCAUCGACUCCACGCUCAGUGUGCACUGUCGACACGUCAAGUACCGCAGCCUCUGACUUUUCGGGGUUUCUCGAUUCUCCAUCAAGUCAAAAGCUUGGGAGUUUUCUCACUCAAGUCGUGACGGAUGAUUCCACGGAAGUGUCAAUGGGACAGCGUCGUGCUGCGUUUAUGGUACUGGAGCAAUUAUUGCUGCUAGAUCAAGAAGAGGCGCAGAAUCAAGCGGACAAAAACGCGCAGCUUCUUCAUGCUGCAAGUGACCGCCAGCCAACGGAAGCAGCAAGACAGGCGUUGGAUGUGUCGAAAUGCCCAAAGGAACUGGAGGCCUGUCAAUUUGCAAGUGCUACUGCUCGUCCAUACCCAAUGAUGCCGGCCGUUGUCUUGGAUGAUGAAAAAAAUAACGAGGCGGUUCCGAUUGUUUACCCCAUUCCAGCCAACGAAAACGAUCGCUUGGCAGCUAUUGAACACUAUGGUCUCCAUGACAUUGCCAACGUGGCCGAGUUAAAUGUCAUCUGUACGCUAGCAGCAGCCGAAAUGAACUGUCCUCACAGUGUCGUCACGCUUGUGGAACGUGAGGUCGUGACGCUGCUUGCCACCAAUGCUCCAGAUUACUGGGAUAUUGGCAGUGGUAACCCCCGCGAGCAAACAUUCUGUCAACACUUUGUCAUGGAUGAUAAGCCUUUGCUCGUCCGUCAUGCUGAAGCAGAUAUGCGAUUUUACCACAUUGCACCGGUGACUAUGCGCAGUCUUCGAUUCUACUCUGGUUUUCCCUUGUCGGUGCCGUGUGUAUCAAAAACGGCGGGUAAACACGAACGGAUAGUCGUCGGAGCACUCUGCUGUCUGGACGAAGACCCACACGAGAUGACACGGUCGCAGUACUGGCGACUAAUGAAACUAGCGGAUGCAGCAUCCAACAUUUUGGAAAAGACAGCGCGAGAAUUUGCUGCCGAUCCAGUGAAUCACCCAAUCACUCUUACUCGUGCAAAAAUGCAGGACUUUCAGGGCACGCGAGUGCCGCCAGUCACCUGCUAA